AAACGGUCUUUACGGGCAAACCUGUUAUGUGUAAGGUAAUAUAAAAUUGAUUUUUUUAUAUAUGUUAUAAUAAUCGUUUCCAUUUUUUCCUAAUAUUAUGCUAUUUGUCUACGUGAUUCACAUGAGCUAUUUUAACCAAGCUGUUCGACAUUCUUUAACUAUACGAUAAAAAAAGAUUCCGAUACGAUAAAACGGUCUUUACGGGCAAACCUGUUAUGUGUAAGGUAAUAUAAAACGGAUUUUUUUAAAUAUGUUAUAAUAAUCGUUUCCAUUUUUUCAUAAUAUUAUGUUAUUUGUCUACGUGAUUCACAUGAGCUGAUGUGUUUUUAAUAAGAUAUAUUCACUCGUGGGUGAAAUAAGCGAUUUAUCUUCCGAGGAAUCGAUCCUUCUCUAGCCUUAAGUUCACGCAGAGCAAAUUCGUACUAAAUUCUCCACCUCACCGCCGAGUUUGCCGGGAAAAGAGACACCCUGAAAGACCAAAGGGAGACUACUAAAGCAGGAAAUUACGAUUUUUUAAAGCGAAAAAUAAUCCGGUGUUAGGUCCGGGAUUAGUUUAUAAAACAGCCCGUGGCCAAAAUGCGGUCGUGAUCAGCCAUAACUCAACUGCGUGUCCCGUCAAAAGUAUCCUUCUGGGCAAAAUGGGAGCAAAAUUGUGUGAAAUAUUCAUGUAUUCUUUUCAUCACCUCGAGUCGCCUAUUAGAAUUAAUCCAUUUGCUCAUUAGGAAAACCGCAAAGUGUAACCCUAAGCGCGAUGUGUAACCGAUAGGCCGGCUCUGACUUUCAACAAAAAUACGACUUGAUCACUCGCAAUUAGUAGGCUUUGCUUGACUACACUCUUUGAAAAUGAUGAUACAAAAUUCAUUGCUCAUUUUAGCUGAAUUGUUCCUCUUGUAAAAUUCGCACCCCUCUUACUGUUUAGACUUUUUCUCCUCGGCUUUUUAUCUAACCGCCGGUGCAAAUAUCGGCUAUUCCCAAGAGGGCAGUUGAGUUCAUUUUCAGUGUUCGAGUUGAUUAACCAAUCACAUAUAAUACUUUACUGCCGGUUGUCACCGACAACGGGGUGGGAACUUCCGUUCUUUUGUCCCUUGUUUGUGUAAGGACAUCAUUUGCAUCUUAAUUUCACCGAUGGAGGAAUUAACAUCAAGGCUAAGUUGACACGGAUUAUGAAGGCUAUCUUGUGCUGUUUCACUGUGUCGGGCUCGGUUCUCGUCGAAGCUAAGCGAAUCUGCCCGUGCGAGCAGCAUUUUUCUACGCGUGGCAAGCAGGAGGGGAACCAUUUGCGAGGUUACGAGUUGCUUCAAGUGACGUCAAAUUGACGAGCCAUAAUCGUUCUGCCGGAAGUGUCUUUGGGCAUUCCAUCGCUUCCGCUGAGCUUCAGUUUAUCACUAGAAGGGCUCGAAGGUUGAAUUACAAUAGAGUCAAUCAGUUCGGCCAAAUACACUUCUCAAACAACACACCACAAGCGCGAGGCCUAUCGUGGUUUUCGACGCUCUGAUGCGCCGUGCUAUCAACUAAUCUCUCCGCUUCACGGCCACCUUAUGAAAGUACCUGAAAAAAGUUUAUACAAGUGAACAUAUUGACAAGUCGUCUGUCGUGGGCUGUUUCAAGCAUAUAUCAGUGUUUGUGGACACAAUUCGAACUUCAAGAUCGCGCGCAUUGACGGAGGUGACUUGAUUUCCUUGCGAUAUCUCAGUAGACCACAGUGGGUUCACCAUCAGUGUGUCGUUAGGGCUCGCGGAAUAAGUGGUUGGUUUACAGACCGACGAUUGUGAACUCUAGAUAAAAGGAACGUAUUUCGCAAGUCCGCCAAUCGGAAGUUGCACACCAUCUAAGGAAACCCUCUCCUAUAAAGUAAGUCGACGUGUUGCCUCGGCUUAUAGAACUCGUUUCCGCAUGAAGUCGGCCAGAACUGAAUGACCGUCAAACAGGUAACACGGCAAGCGUACUCCGCCACACUGCCUUCAAAUGAAGAGUGAACGACUAAAAGGGAUUCCUCAGUCAGCGCCGAGGAAUUAUGAUUUUUACACUUCGGUUCAAACUCUACCGAGGGUGAGGAACUGUUCGGACUUUAUGUCGUACUCAAGUGCGGGUAGCGACGACGGGAACGAGGAAUAUUAUCCGUUUGUUAUAGGUCGCGGGAAAAACUUUAAAAUUAUUGACCCGAAAUUGUUCAAGCAACUUCGAAAACAUAAUAUUCACCAAAAAGUCCCCGUGUGGGUAUCGGAUUGUGCGAAGAAGACGUCAUUGGACAAGACUGUGGGCGAUUCUCGGGGUCUCAGUCCACCGCUAACUAUAGAUAGCGAGGAUGACCAGUACUGUGAGCUUUCACCACUCGCCAGAUCUCCGCCGCCUCUACCGCCGCGAAAACAGGUCAAAACGCCCCUACUCAAAUACGACAAAAACUUGUGUAGUGACUUUAAAAAGCCUCCUACCCUUGAAAAACGGCUCCAGGAGACUCAAACUGCGCCGAAACCCUGGAAAGUCGAGGUUAACCCGAAAUAUAUAACUUCUUUGCCUACCACUAAGUUGGUCUCGGGUGUUGCCGAGGAGAAGUCGAAGUGGGCUGACGAAGAGUGUGAAACUCGCGCUAGUGGAAAAGUGUGCGGGUUUGAUUCUGAGGAGGUAGUAGACUAUGCAACGUGCAUGUGCUGUGUGAAGGGACUAUUUUAUCAUUGUACGAAAGACAGUGAAGAUGAAGGGAGCAUGGCAGAUGAGCCCUGUUCUUGCACGGGUCCUGCCUGUGUCCCGCGAUGGGGAUGUCUAGGGGUACUGGCACUUCUUAUGCCCUGUAUAUGGUGUUAUUUACCCGUUGCUGGCUGCCGUAAAGCCUGCUCCUCGUGUAAAUACAAGAAGACCCGCAAACAAAAGCGGAAAGAAAAAUUGACUUCAUAAGUCAGAGAUCGCGGUAAUUUUUAUAAAAUAGAAAUAGAAAUUAUUGUUAGGGGCUGUUCAGUUACAGUUUUGAUAAGUGUAUAUUUUUGUAUCGACCAGAGAUUGAGGUUGACUGCCCAUGUAUAAUUUAAUAUUUUUCGUUUUGUUGGCCAAGCGAUCUGUCCAAAUGAAGUCGUGGGCUUGUCGACACACCGAUACAACAUGUCAAAAUUUUAUUUAUCCAAAGAAAUGGUAGAUUGAAAUUUUAUUUACACUGCGCUCAGUGAAACAAACGAGCCGAAUUUGAAUUGCAGACAUAAUUACCGAAGAUGGCAAGCUAUGAAACUUGAUUGUUAUAUCCUAUUGAAACAUCGCUCAAAAGGCAGAUUAACUCUAUUUUGCUGGUUUUCACGCAAACAACAAAAGCCGGUUUCUAUGCCUCGUGAAGUCACUAACCGAUUCUACCUUUUUGUGCGAAGAUUUAAAAAAUAAUCAUUGCUCCUUGCCUAUAGCGUAAAUGGAUUUCAAGGUAUUUGUAAAUACAUAUUCCUGUAUCAAAGGUUAACUUAUCCAGGCUGUAAUUUAUCCAAGAAAUAAUCUUUAUAUAUUUAUGAUAAUUCUCAUGACUACCAUGUUCAAGAGCAUACCAGAAGACAAACCAUUAUAUACAAGCAAAAAUUCCGAAGUAUUAGAGUAUAUUAUGUAUAAUAUGAAAGUAGAAAUUAAAGAAAGUUUGUUUAUGCAGA